GUUAACCUGAACAGGACCCAAACCCAACUCGUGGAUUUUGCCCGAAAUCUCUUUCUCCUCCUCGCGGCGGCUCCAGCUACCCUCUUCCGCCGCCCGGAUCCCCACCGACGUUUUCCUUCUAUCUUGGGUGCGCUUCGAUCUCUUUCUUUAUCUCGAGAUCUUCCUCUAUUUUUUCCGUUUGACCGAUCUCCAUCGCCUCCUCCUCCGGUUGCGGAGGGAGUUCUCGGCGUCGGCGAUAGGCUCGGCCGGAUCCCGGUGAUGUGAUGUCUCUUUCUUGGAUCAUUCUUGGCCAGUUAGAUUCGAUCGAAGCCAUGGUAAUCUCUCUGCCUUCCUUUCUUUACUGGUUCACGACUCAAUUGGAUGAUCAACGGUUUUGGAGAUCCAAUGAGUCGACGUCAAAGAAGGUAAUUACGAGAGAUGAAUGGGAAAGAAAGCUCAAAGAUGUGAAGAUUAGGAAGGAGGAUAUGAAUAAGCUGGUAAUGAACUUUCUCGUAACAGAAGGUUUUGUUGAGGCUGCAGAGAAAUUCCGGAUCGAAUCUGGGACCGAACCGGGCAUAGAUCUUGGGACGAUAACCGAUCGCAUGGCUGUGAAGAAAGCUGUGCAGUUUGGCAAUGUGAAGGAUGCAAUUGAGAAAGUCAAUGAUUUGAACCCUAUGAUUCUGUAUGCAAAUCCCCAGCUGCAUUUCCAUCUACAGCAACAGAGAUUGAUUGAGUUGAUUCGCAUUGGAAAGGUAGAAGAGGCUUUGGAGUUCGCUCAGGAGGAGCUUGCACCCAGGGGCAAGGAAAAUCAAAGUUUUUUGGAGGAAUUGGAGAGGACGGUGGCUCUUUUGGCAUUUGAAGAUGUAAAGAACUGCCCUUAUGGAGAGCUUUUAGAUGUGUCGCAACGUUUGAAAACUGCAAGUGAGGUGAAUGCUGCCAUACUUGCAAACCAAAGUCAUGAAAAAGGUCUGGGUCGGAAUCAGCAAUCACAGUUUUUUAUGGCAGAAUAGUGUCAACAAUGCGAACAAAUCCAAAGCUUCCAAGCUUGCUGAAAAUGUUGAUAUGGGCUCAAAACCAGUUGGAUGAGAAGGCUGCUUAUCCACAAAUCAACAACUUAUCCACAGCCAUGCUCGAAGACCCAGCCAUAUAAAGUAUAUAGAAAUUUCUUUAUUUGUAACUAGAUUAGUUUCUUCUAUACUCUGUAUCAUGUAUGAAAAUAAUGCUUGGAGGCUCGAGCAUCCUGUGAAUAGCUUCGUACAGGCUCUGUGCUUGUUGCUUUCUAGAAUUUAGCUUCUUGAUACUACACGGUGCAGAGUGUUUGGGAAAUCCUUGUACGCACAUAUUAUGAAAUGGAUUUAGGCUUGGCAUCCA